UUCUGAUUGGCCACGGAGUUGGAGAGGCGGGAUCGGUGCUGGGCCGGGUUCUCGUUGCUAGGGGAGGAGGAUGGCGGCGGCAACGGCGGCGCCUCCAUGGAGACGGGGCUGAGCCGGGACCCUGCACCUGGACACGCGGAGACUCCCCCUAGCCGUGCCCUCAAUGGCGGCCCCUUAGCCCGCGGGGUAACCGGCUGACACGGGCGGAGGCAGCGGCCUCUCCCCUGCCCCAGGCCUCAGCAUCCUACUAGGCGCUGCCUGCGGGCCCCUCCCGCCCAGCCUCCAGCGACUCCCGCCUGCCAGCUCCUGCCCCCUCCCCACAGCUUCCUCCUCCUCCAGCCCCUCCCCUGCACCCUCUCCCCACCUCCUUCAACCUGCCCUGCUCCCCCCGCACCUCCCUGCACCGCAGCCCAGAACCCAGCGAGCCCGCCCUGCACGGACCGUCCCCGGGACAGACCAGACGAGCCCCCCGCCCCCGAAGAGGACGGGGGAAAAGAUCUAUCUGUGUAGGGGGAAACAGAGAGAGAGGCCCGGGUCUGAAUGGUGAACAUUAAAGAGCAGAACAGAACAGCCCCCAAACACAGUGUCCAUCUCUCCUAGAAGAUAAAUGCAAAGCAGAGUUAUGUAACAUGCACCACGGCUCCUCAUGCGUGCAGGGAAACAUUUGGCAGCUGCAUGACAUUUUCAUACCUUUCUUAACAAUCUAGAUGGGGGAAAUCCAACUCUUUUCUGCAGAAAAAGGGGGAGAAAAGGGCUUAUACUGAGGCCAAGCAGCUGUGUGGGGAAACUGGACUCAUUUCAUGGCUUGCUUUUUUUAUUCCACUGAUACUGCAGCAUUUCUGAAAAUUAACCUUUUGUGAAGCUCUGCUCCAAGCCCUCUCUGCUCCUCCUUCACGAGGCGGCUGCUUUGCAAGGAAAGAAAUGGCAUGAAGUAAAUGGCUCCAGAAUAAAGCAAUCUGCUCUGCCAAAGUGCCCAGUGAGCAGCACUGUCACUUUAAUAAUUCCAUUUCAAGGGAUUGCUUUCCUCCUUUUCAAUCCUCUCUUUUAAUACAUGGGAGGAUCAGAGGGACAUUAAAGACCAUAAGGCUGGGUGGAGAGAAUAAAAAUGAAAGUGACUGAGGAGUGACUUCUGUUGGGUAAGAGUGUGAGAUUUGAAAACAUUUGUGCAGUGAGGAAAAAAGGGACAUUUUUAGUCUGCUGUGUAUGCACCCAGUGCAGUUAUAUAUAACUAGCAAAAUUCACCCAAGUUCCAGUGAAAGGAGUUUAUACAGUUAUUUUGGAUUGCUUUUGUUUUCACCCAGAAAUUUAUUUUGGGAUUUUUUGGGAAUUUUUGUCCUGAAACUCAGAUGGCUUUGAACUUGUUCAGGUGGAAUAUUAAGACAGCUGCCUAGAGAUGGACUGUGCCUUAAUUGUCUUACAUAAAGUUGUUUAACUGACAAACUUUUGCUGCCAGAAGAGGAGUUAUAAUAGGGUUUUAUAUGCCAAGGAGCAUUUUCUCUUGUAUUUUUAUAGAUUCAAAAAUAUUUUACAGAAAUUGAAAACCACUCUUUCAAAAUUCUUCUUUUUUCUUCUUUUUUUUCUUAUUCUGUGGGAGGCACUGGAAGUUUAACUGGAGAAAAUAGUCAGUACUGCUAGAAAAAGAAGACUGAAGCUGUAUUUCCUAACUGAACUGUUUAAGUGAUUUGAACAAAUACCUAGUUCCUGAGCUCACAAGGCAAUCCCAGUGGGACAUCAUUGAUACCAGUAAAUAAGCACUUGUGUCCAGUACCAGAAGUAAGACCAAGAAUGCCAGUCAAGAAGAAAGAUACCGAUCGAGCUUUAGCGCUUCUAGAAGAAUAUUGUAAAAAGCUAAAGAAGCCGGAAGAACAACAACUGAAAAAAGCCAUUAAAAAAGUGAUGGGCAUCUUUAAGAGCAGCUUAUUUCAGGCACUGAUAGAUAUUCAAGAGUUUUAUGAAGUGACAUUGCUAAACUCCCAAAAAAGCUGUGAGCAAAAAACAGAAGAAGCAAAUCAAGUUGCAGAGAAAUGGGAGAAGACAAAAUCUUCUGCCACAGGCCAUGGGAGUCUGCAGAAAAACCAAGAGUCUGCGGUUUCCGAUGGGUCAGAUGGAUCCGUAUUAUGUGAUGAACACAGUAAGGAGAAUCAGUCUUUUGAAAAUCAUUCUGUAGACACGACGACAAAGCAGAGCCAUGGCAGAUGCCCUUCCCACAAAUGCUCAGUUGAAGCACCUGCCUGGAUACCCAUUCAACAGUCUACCAAGUAUCGCUAUCAAGAUGAGGAUGCCCUGCACGAUCAUACCUUACCUCGUUUAACCCAUGAAGUGAGAGGACCAGAACUUGUUCAUGUGUCAGAAAAGAACUUAUCUCAGAUAGAAAAUGUCCAUGGAUACGUCCUGCAAUCACACAUCUCUCCUUUGAAGGCUAGUCCCGCCCCUAUAAUCGUCAACACAGACACCUUGGACACAAUUCCCUAUGUCAAUGGAACAGAAAUCGAAUAUGAAUUUGAAGAAAUUACAUUGGAGAGGGGUAAUUCUGGCCUGGGGUUCAGUAUUGCCGGAGGAACAGACAACCCUCAUAUUGGGGACGAUCCUGGGAUAUUUAUUACUAAGAUUAUACCAGGAGGAGCUGCAGCAGAGGAUGGAAGACUCAGGGUCAAUGAUUGUAUCUUGCGGGUGAAUGAGGCUGAUGUAUCAGAGGUCUCUCACAGCAAAGCAGUAGAGGCACUAAAAGAGGCUGGUUCUAUUGUGCGAUUGUAUGUUCGGCGAAGGAGACCUAUUCUGGAGACGGUUGUAGAAAUCAAAUUGUUCAAAGGCCCUAAAGGUCUGGGCUUCAGUAUUGCAGGAGGGGUGGGAAACCAACACAUUGCUGGAGACAACAGCAUUUAUGUUACUAAGAUUAUUGAUGGAGGAGCAGCACAAAAAGAUGGAAGGUUGCAAGUUGGAGACAGACUUCUUAUGGUAAAUAAUUACAGUUUAGAAGAAGUAACUCAUGAAGAGGCAGUAGCAAUAUUGAAGAACACAUCAGAUGUAGUUUAUCUAAAAGUUGGAAAGCCCACUACCAUUUACAUGACUGACCCUUAUGGCCCACCAGAUAUUACUCACUCUUAUUCUCCACCAAUGGAAAAUCAUAUACUCACUUCUGGCAACAACGGCACUUUAGAGUACAAGGCGUCUUUGGCUCCUAUCUCACCAGGAAGAUACUCACCGAUUCCAAAGCACAUGCUUGUAGAGGACGACUAUACCAGGCCUCCUGAACCUGUUUACAGCACUGUGAACAAACUGUGUGAUAAACCACCUUCUCCUAGGCACUAUUCCCCUGUCGAGUGUGACAAAAGCUUCCUUCUUACAGCUCCCUAUCCCCACUACCACAUAGGCCUGCUCCCUGACUCUGAGAUCACAAGUCAUUCCCAGCACAGCACUGCAACGCGUCCACCCACAAUGAGCUUACAACGAACCAUUUCUCUGGAAGGAGAGCCUCGGAAAGUCAUCCUUCACAAAGGCUCCACAGGACUUGGUUUUAACAUUGUGGGAGGAGAAGAUGGGGAAGGCAUUUUCAUAUCCUUCAUCCUAGCAGGUGGGCCAGCAGAUCUCAGUGGAGAGUUGCAGAGAGGAGAUCAACUUUUAUCUGUGAAUGGCAUUGAUCUUCGGGGUGCUACCCAUGAGCAGGCUGCAGCUGCACUGAAAGGAGCAGGACAGAUAGUAACAAUCGUAGCACAAUACCAGCCGGAAGAGUACGCUCGAUUUGAGGCAAAAAUCCAUGACCUACGUGAGCAGAUGAUGAACCACAGCAUGAGUUCUGGGUCUGGCUCCCUGAGAACCAAUCAGAAGCGGUCACUCUACGUAAGAGCUAUGUUUGACUAUGACAAAAGCAAGGACAGUGGCCUCCCAAGUCAAGGACUCAGUUUCAAAUUCGGAGACAUCCUCCAUGUUAUCAACGCCUCUGAUGAUGAGUGGUGGCAGGCGAGGAGGGUCACUCAGGAAGGAGACAGUGAGGAGAUGGGAGUUAUACCCAGCAAAAGGAGGGUUGAAAGAAAGGAGCGUGCACGUUUGAAGACUGUGAAGUUUAAUGCAAAACCUGGGGUGAUUGAUGCAAAAGGGUCAUUCAAUGACAAGCGUAAAAAGAACUUCAUCUUUUCACGAAAAUUCCCAUUCUACAAGAGCAAGGAGCAGAGUGAGCAGGAAACAAGUGAUCCAGAACAACAUGUUUCCUCUAAUGCCAGCGAUAGCGAAAGUAGCUACAGAGGACAGGAAGACUGCAUCCUAUCCUAUGAACCUGUCACGAGACAGGAAAUUAAUUACACCAGACCCGUUAUUAUUUUGGGUCCUAUAAAAGAUCGGCUCAAUGAUGAUUUGAUAUCUGAAUUCCCUGAUAAGUUCGGAUCAUGUGUACCACAUACCACAAGACCGAAGCGUGACUAUGAAGUGGAUGGGAGAGAUUAUCAUUUUGUCACUUCGAGGGAACAGAUGGAAAAGGAUAUCCAGGAGCACAAAUUUAUAGAAGCCGGGCAGUACAAUGAUAAUUUAUAUGGGACUAGUGUGCAGUCUGUGAGAUUCGUCGCAGAACGGGGCAAGCACUGUAUACUUGAUGUAUCAGGAAAUGCUAUUAAACGGUUACAAGCUGCACAACUCUAUCCCAUUGCUAUCUUCAUUAAACCUAAAUCAUUGGAGCCACUAAUGGAAAUGAAUAAACGUCUUACAGAGGAACAAGCCAAGAAAACCUACGAGCGAGCACUUAAAUUAGAACAAGAAUUUGGAGAAUAUUUUACAGCUAUUGUCCAAGGAGAAAGCUUAGAAGAAAUAUAUAAUCAAUGCAAACUUGUAAUUGAAGAACAAUCUGGGCCUUUCAUCUGGAUUCCUUCAAAGGAAAAGUUAUAAAUUAGCCACUGCACCUCUGAUUAUGACGGAAGAAUAUUUAGAAGAAAACUACACUAUGCUAUUUUGAGGCUUUCCUGUUUUUGUUGCAUUUAUGUUCUUGCAGUCAAUGUGAAUUUUUAUGAAUGUACAACACAAAGUGUUUGAAGCCAUGAAGGACAGUGAUGGGUCAAAAGGGUAGGAACAAAAAGACUUUUACCAUACAAAGCAAAUCUGUUGUGUGCGCAAAACACCAGUUGUAGGUAUAAACUUUUGACAUGGGGACCCUCUGUCAAAAGGAGCCAGCCACCUACUGCAUCCACAUGGACCUCGUGAACGAUUUCAGUGGCUGAGCUCAGUGUGUUGAUCAGUUUAAAGAGAAGUUUCCCAGCUCCUGAACCUUGCGUAGGGCUUGAGCCUGCAAGGGCUGAACACUUGACCCCGGUCCAUACACCUGUGGGUUGUCCCAUUGAAGUCAGUGGGACUAAGCAUGUGCUUAAGUGUUUUGAUGGAUCAGGGCCACGUGCACCUUGUUGGAUUGAGCCCAUAGAACCUGUUCCAACUCCUAUUGAAGUUAAUGGAAAGAUUCCCAUUGACGUUGGAUUGGGUGCUAAGCUUGUCAUUGCACAUCAGUAGUUGGUACACCUUGACUUUGGUAACUAUGCACAUGUUUUGAUUUCCAAAACCAAGUCAAGCAUUUCUUUUUCCCCUUUGGACACACUAUUAUAUCAGGAAAUAACCCCCUGUAGUUUAUUUCAAUGGAAUUUGGUGUUGGGAAGAGAACAGAAGCAUGUCACGUCCCACACAUACCCACUCAAACUGACAAGGAGGGAUACAACUGGGAAAAGCUUUAAAAUUUUGGAUUGUCUAUUUUAUCAUUUAUACAGAUAGAAGGCACUUAAUGAUGGAAUAAUUUAUAAAAAAAAUAAAAUAUAUUGAUGUAUAGAAACUAAUUUCUAUAGGUGAAAAAUGUUUUGUGAGAUAUUUUGUAAAGAUUAAUUAAUUGAAAGAUUAAAUAUUUGCACCCUGGUCUGGCUGUAAAAUGUAAAGAGGACCUUCAAGUUGCACUAUCCCUUUUUGCAACAAAUUAUCUAAUAAUAUUAACAAACCAUAUAAUUUCUGACAUUUUAGAUGGCAAUUUGCUUUUUUUUUUUUUUUUUCCAACUUAAUCCUCUCUCUCCUUUUAUUUAAUCAUGAUAAAUUCCUGUGGAAAGAACUCAAAUUGACUACAGAGUUUUUGUCGUUGUUAUUGUUUUGGAAAUACUAGGAUGAUGCAUCUUUAAAUUGAAACAGAUGAUUUUUUGGAGGCAAAAUGUCAGUGACUUGAAUGCAGUGUAUUAUUUUCUCUCUUGAAGGGAGCCAUAAUCUUCACUGGAAAACAUUUUAUAAUCAUUCCUUAUGAUGUAAGUGAAAUGCCGGAAGCAUUUAGUCCUUUUUGCCGGCAGGCCACUGACUAACUUGUGUCAUCAUUUCAUUUCACAGUCAACAGGGGUUUUCACCUGACUGGGGCAAUGGACAUUUGUGGGGAAUUUGGGGAAAAUCUGUGGAAUUUCAGCUUGGGGUAUAUGGGCGGGGGGGGGGGGGGAGUUCUUGCUUGCUGUUUCACUUGGUCCUUAUUUCAUAUACUGAUACAGAUUUUGCUGUACCACAUCUGGAGGAUAGUUACAAAUAGAUGAACUGCCUUUGCUGCUGCAGGACCACGUUUUAUAGAAAACCCACAAAAUACUGCAGGAGUCCAACACUUUUUAGCUGGUGGCUACUUCGAUCCUAAUGUGUAAUGACAUUUUAAGGGCAAACAUUUCAGUUACCGAGUUACUGAUAGAAUAUUCAAUUCCUUGUCUAUUCAAACCUUUCAGACUUAUGUCUCUAUGCUGUACUGAUAUGACAGGUACAUGCAGCCACGCUCAGUAAAUAGGCUGAUUAGCUGGGUGUUUAUAAGACAGCCAUCAGCAGUGACAGGGUUAACAAUAUGGGUACUGUAGCGAUCGUUAGGCCUCAUGGUUAACGCUGUAUUAAAAUGGAUGUGAGAAGUUCAUGCUUCUUUAUUGUUAUUUUUUUUUCUGCCUGCCCAGCACAGAUUCAAAGCCAGAAUACCAGUAGAGUUUCUAAACUAUCUCCAUCACCAGAAGGGCUAGACAUUUAAAAAGAAAGAAAGCAAGCUUAGAUUCUGGAUAAUUAUGCAGAAAUCCACAGGAAGAAAUCCUAGAUCCCUGGAAGUCAUGGAUUUUUCCAUGCUGACAAAGUACUAUUGUCUCAGGUCCGGCCCGAGCCCACCUGAACUGAUAACCAAGUAUCCUAAAGCAGGAACGCCAUUCUAAUUUUCAACUCCGUUUUUAAGCAACCACAUCUGCUUCUUUGUUUCUUAGUUCAGCAUGCGACCUUUUACGAUACUAUCCGAUUAGUAAAUGUUCAGUUUUGUCAUGUGCUGUGCUUUACGGUGAACAGUAACACUAUGGCUGAGUACAAUCAAUUUUUCCAUCAGUCUUUGGUUACUGUGGUACAUUAUUUAUUUUUUCCUGUCUGUCGUUUGUGCUUCCAAUUUAGAGUUGCCAUUGCACUUCUUAUAUUUUUUAAAUAAAACAUAUAUAUAUUUAAAAAAAAAA